AUGCCUCUGGAACUCCAACGCUUGCCAAGCACACGAGAGCUAAGAUGCAUCGCUAAUCUGAACCAUCUAGACGACACCCUGAGUAUGCUGAGCGACGCAUCUAGCGACGAGAAAUCCAGUUGCCAUCUUGCUCUUCGAGACCAAGCCCUUCCCUCCGGGGGUCCUAACGCUGCGGAUAUUCCACCAGAUACACUGUGUCGAUUCUUUGAGCUCCUUCCACGCGAGAUCAGAGACGAGAUCUAUCGCUACGCACUCGGAAAUAUCUGCGCUACCUUUAUGCACGGCAAGACUCAGAUGUACCAGGAGGCUACCGAGCAGUUUUAUCAUCUGGCUCGCUUUGAAAUGGACUUGGACAUGCGCUACAGGCUUCUUCACGUCAAAGACGUCAUGCGACGGGUUAAAGUACGCCACGCUCCCACACUUAUCCGCGCGAGAUUCCUUUCAGUAGUGAAUCUGACCGUAGGAACUCUUCGCCAAACGGAAAGCUUGGUCGAGACACUGCAUUUCGACGCAGAAACCGAGCAGUACAAAGCGCUAACCAAUCUCUUCCCAUACAUGGUUGCAUUGCGGCAACUUGAGAUCCAAAUGAAACUCAAGGUCCCGCCAUGUGAUGAAUUCUGCGAUGCCGAGUACCGACCCUCACUCUCAUUCCUCAGAAGUCUACCUCGUGCGUCACUGGCAAAAUUACGCGUCGAAAUCGAGUGUGCUUAUAGGACAUACGCUUGCGACUCCAUCGCUUGGACGCUUGCCGCGAAUAACGUCGCCAGUAGGCUCUCUGAUCCUCUUAAGAGAGAGAUCGAAAAGUGCACACUGCAUGCAGUUAGGGGAGACGGUCAUCAGUGGAAAGAGUGGAAGGAGGAGGCAAUCCAGAAUGUGGUUCGAUGGCGUCACCAAUUUCUUACCCAUCUCACGCUAGGUUUUGAGAUCACUAUGGCCAACUACAGGUGA